AUGCCUGAUGAAAGAAAAAUAUUUUCAAAUUUCACGAGCGAUUGCAAUCACGGCCAUUCUAUGUUUCGUAUUGUUGAUCGACCCUUCAGUUUCAGGCAGAGCGCCAGCGAUUGGAUAUAUAAGAUGUUGUUUCUGUGGUCGAGAGAACCGUCACAGAGCCCCCGGGCAAGUCCCUGGUUCGCUUGGCUAGCAACGGCCGUAUUAAUCUGGGGCUGCCGUCGGCGAAUACUCCGUGCAAUCCUAGCAAUUUCGCCGUUACGACUUCUCAAACGACACAAACUGUCACACAAUGCCCAGUUAAUAACAACAUCACCGUCUAGGGAUCAAGUUGGUGAGGAGAAACUCACGAUGAUACUCCAUCCGAAACACAUGACUGGUGUCCGAGCAAGAAUGAAAAGACUCUACACGGGGGAUGGCCCACACGUUUCAAAUUGCGAUGAUGUACUGCAAACCACUCAGCAGGUGCACUACAGGGUCACCAGGAGUGGUCGGGUCUACGGAAAAUAUCCUAAUAAAGUUGUCAUUCCGUCGUAG